CUCACCACUUUCCCAAUCACCUACAACCAAAACCACAAGCCUCCAAGUGUACCCUCCAAUCAAAUCCUUCAUAUCCAAAAUAAAAUUCCACACGUCCUUCUCUGAUUCAAUUCCGUCACCAUUAUACACUGCUCCAAGCACCACCAAAACGACACCCCUCAAAAUAUCACAAUAAUAUCAACCCAUCACGUGAUUUUUUUGAUUUUUUGAGUUUUUGAAACAAGCCCGCACCGUCGGAUCCGAGAUUUCUGAUGCGACGUCGCAUUGUGAAUCGCCAUUAUCGCCGCCGUGGAUGGUGGUAGAAGCGGAGAAAUUGGUAAAUGUUGUUGGUACAGAGAGAGAGGAGAAGAGAGAAAGGGAAAGAUUGAUUUUCAUUGACAAAGAAAUCUAGUGAGAGAGAGAGAGAGAGAGAAAGUGUGUAGUUAUGUGUGAUUUGGUGGCCCGCACGGGUCGGCAUCAGCAGCGCUACGAUGCUGGUUGUCGCCUUGUUGCCGGGUGUAUUCCAUUUAGGUAUAGAGAUUCAGAUGUGAGUGGCAAUUCGAAUUUUGAGAAGAUUGUUGAGGUGCUUAUGAUUAACUCAACUAGUGGGCCAGGUCUCCUGUUUCCAAAGGGUGGUUGGGAGAAUGAUGAAACUGUUCAGGAGGCAGCAGUAAGGGAAGCUAUUGAAGAGGCUGGAGUUCGAGGGGAACUAAUGGAUUUCUUGGGUUAUUAUCCCUUUAAGAGUAAAACCCACCAAGAUGAGUUCUGCCCAGAAGGUUCAUGUAAAGCUGCAAUGUUUGCUUUGUUAGUCAAGGAGGAGCUUGAGUCAUGGCCAGAGCAGAGCACCCGAAACCGAACUUGGUUGACUGUACCACAGGCACUGGAUAGGUGCCGGCAUCCAUGGAUGAGGGAUGCCCUAGAGAAUGGCUUCUCUAAGUGGCACGCAGGCAAGGACAUCUCUGAACACCAUUGACUUGCUGGGUGCACAUGAAGUAAAUGCAAAAAGUUAAGGAUUACAUUGUUACUGUUUUCUCAAGUUUAAUCUUCUAUUCUUAUGAGUGCCUCUCUGACAUUUUAAUUCAGAGAGUACUCAUGUGACUUUAGCUCAAGUUUUAAGUCCCCUACAAGAUGUUCACUAAUGUAUAACUUGAAAAGUUUAGCCAUUAAUGUGCCUCAUUCUCCAUGACCACAUAAUUAGAAAGUUAAGAAAGAAAGAAAGAACUACUAAGCUCUUUUUCUACUGAUUGACUUGUCGAGCAUCUGCAGUUGUGUAUUAUUUAUUUAUUUAUUAAUAUCUUGUUAACA